CCUCCUUCAGAUCGAAUCAUCGAAAACGAAAGUAGGCGGAAAGUUGCAGCCAUUCUACCGGCGAGAAAGAGAGAGAGAGAGAGGCAGCCAUGGAGGGCGUCGCGGAGAGACAAGCCAUGGAGGGGAAGGGUCCAUCGCCACCUUCAGCGGUCGCUGCCACCGUUCUCGAGGAAGAUGCCAACAACAGCGGUGCCACCGGCAGGAACUACGGCGAGAGGGAGGCCGAGGAGAACGAACGCCGUUCGCUCGAAUUGAAGGCCGGCCUCCAUCCCUUGCAGCACAAGUUUGUCUUUUGGUACACCCGCCGCACAGGAGUUAGGUCACAGACCUCAUAUGAGGAUAACAUAAAGAAGAUAAUGGAUUUCAGUACGGUUGAAGGAUUUUGGCUCUGUUAUUGUCACCUUGCACGCCCUUCUUCUUUACCAAGUCCCACUGAUCUGCAUCUUUUCAAGGAAGGAAUUCGGCCGCUAUGGGAGGAUUCAGCAAAUUGUAAUGGUGGAAAGUGGAUAAUACGGUUCAAUAAAGCCGUGUCAGGACGCUUUUGGGAGGAUUUGGUUCUUGCUUUGGUUGGUGAUCAACUUGAUGGUGGCGAAGAUAUAUGUGGUGUUGUUCUAAGUAUCCGUUUUGGGGAGGACAUUUUAAGUGUUUGGAACAGAAAUGCAGCAGAUCAUCAGGCUGUGAUGGCUUUAAGAGAUGCAAUCAAAAGACAAUUGAAACUUCCUCCUAGUUACCUGAUGGAAUACAAGGCUCACGAUGCAUCCUUGAAAGAUAAUUCUUCCUACAGGAAUACAUGGUUGAGAGGAUAACCUGGUAUGUGUCAGCAGUGUACUGAUAUACAAGCGGUAAAUGUCAAAGAUUGUCUUGCUUUUGCAUGAGGCUGAAAAUAGUUCCAUGGAUUUGUCUUUUAGAGAUUCGUAUAGUCUCUCUCUUUCUCUCUCAUGUAUGUUACCUAGACAACAUUCUGAAAAUAUAGCAAUGUUAUUUGAGCAUAAAAAUGAUAUAAGCAAGCAAAAAUAACACAAUGUUCUCAA